GCAUGCAAAAUAGCAGAUUUGUUUAGCAUAAAUUAAUCAUAGCAUCGUUGAUUCCCUAUUCCUUUCAUUAGACCUUAAGUUGUCUUCAAAAUAUGUUGCCCACUCAAUAUCAGAUGGUUAUUCUCCGGGUUAGUGGAUGGUUCAAUUAAUUUGACUAUAGGCUAAUAGAUAGAUAGAUAGAUAGAUAGAUAGAUAGAUAGAUAGAUAGAUAGAUAGAUAGAUAGAUAGAUAGAUAGAUAGAUAGAUAGAUAUUUGAACUGCUUACCAGUGCGUACCUGAAUUAUGUAAUAGUCUCUGUUGUGUUUUAAAAUGCCGUCGCUCAAUAGGCCACAUGCCACGUUUCUUUGGAUUUUAAUUGGCUUUCUAAACGUCAAUCACCACUAUGCCCCGCCCAACUGUUGCUCAUCUCACCGCGGAACUCAAAACAGAGCUCGAGGUUUAAACCUGAGCUGGAAGCCUUAAACCUAAAACCUGUGGUCUCCUCCACCCUCCGCCUCGGAUUACAUCGGUGCGUCACGGACAUUUCGUUAGAGAUAACCCUCCCAUAAGAGAAGUUACCUAAAAUCUGACUUCGGCAGGUAGAAGAAGUGGGAUGAUAACCCCGGUGACAGUCAGUAAAUGUGCUGAUAAGGCGUUUUUGUAAGUGGACCGUCAGUGACACGACGACAGAGCCGCUGCGCCACGCUGUCACUCUGAACCUGCAACCGCGUAAGUUAAUUGCAAGAUGAGUACAGAAGACCAAAUUGCACCGCUGUCUCCCAAGACAUCACCCGCCACACCAACUAUAACACCCUUUACACAACGAAAAGAGAGUAACUCCUCAUCAGAAGACAACAGACAGGACAGCUGGGAGUUAGUUGAGGACUUGCAAGGAUUGACAGGAAAUCUUCAGAAGCCUGAGAAGCUGGAAGGUUUGCUUUUGAAAAAGAGGAAGUGGCCAAUGAAAGGCUGGCAUAAGAGAUAUUUCCUGCUUGAAAGAGGCAUCCUUACAUAUGCCAAGACUGGGACUGCUCUGAAGAAGGGGAGGUUACGAGGUCGAAUUGAUGUUGGUCUCUCUGUCAUGGCCAUGAAGAAGAAGUCAAUGUGCAUCGACCUGGACACAGAGGAUAGUAUCUAUCACCUCAAAGCAAAGACUCGGGAUCUGUUUGAUCAGUGGGUGACUCAACUACGUCAUCAUCGAACGUUCCGUCAGAACGAGAUCACCAUGGAGCCUCCCGAGCGACCGCUGCAAUCUGACCCCACUGCCAACAGACGACGUUCAUUUCUCUCCAAGCUGCCUUCAGCCCUGUUGAAGAACAGCUGGUGCCAAAACUCUCAAGACAUAGAGAAGUGCUGCAAAGAUCUGUCAGAGUGUGAGUCGGCGCUGCUGGAAUUAAAUUUGCUGCUGAAAAAUAUGGAAGUUCUUCACAGAACGUUCUCAGCCCCUGCCAUUAACUUACUGCAGACUGAAGGCUCCAAAAAAGAGAAACGAGGACACAAAAAAUGGAGAUCAAAGAAUCAUAGCAAGGAAAAUAAAAACACACAGCAGCAAAAUCCUGAUGCUUCAUCUUCCCGUCUGCACGUAUCUCACCCGAACUUGAUAUAUUCAGAGCCUGUUUCACCAGACUCAUGCCUGGAUAGUCCAGAUUCACCAACAGAAGCCUCACGAAUGCAGGAGGAGUUCUGUCGGCUCGCUGGCACUGUUCAUUCCACUCUUCGGUCAGCAUACACUUCUCUUUGCACAGAAAGAGACAGAGUCAGGAACACAUUGGAUUGUAUCAGUGAGACGGAAGUCCUUGUUGGAUCACGCCCUCUCCGACAGCAGGUGUCCAGUGAGAGUCGAGGGUCAAUCCCAGAAUCCCUUUCAGAGUUUUUUGACGCUAAAGAGUAUCUGCUGUCUGGCAGCUCGUCUGAGAAUGAGGCAUCUGAUGAUGAUUCGUAUGUUAGUGAUGUGAGUGACAGCACUUCAGUGGAGUUUUGCAGGAACGAGAACGGCGUUACAAAGGAGAUUUUAAGUAAUGGCAAAAACUGUGCGGUGACACGGCGAGAACAUUUGCCAAGUGCACGCAUGAACGAGAGCGUGAAUCUGUGGAGUAUUCUGCGUAGUAACAUCGGUAAAGACCUGUCGAAAGUUGCCAUGCCCGUCCAACUCAAUGAGCCGUUGAACACCCUGCAGAGACUGUGUGAGGAAGUUGAGUACUGUCACCUGCUGGACACUGCUGCAAACACUCAUGACCCGCACAUGCGCAUGGUGUAUAUAGCAGCAUUUGCUGUAUCUGCAUAUGCAUGCUCAUUCACUAGAGCAGGAGGAAAACCAUUUAAUCCUAUAUUAGGAGAGACAUACGAGUGUCUCCGGCCAGAUAAGGGCUUUCGAUUCAUUGCUGAACAGGUCAGUCACCAUCCACCUGUGUCUGCUUGUCACUGCGAGUCCAAAAACUACACAUUUUGGCAAGAUGUCCGGUGGAAGAAUAAGUUUUGGGGGAAAUCCAUGGAGAUUGUUCCCAUGGGAGUCACUCAAUUAGAGCUGCCAGGUUUUGGGGAUCAUUUUGAGUGGAGUAAAGUCACUUCAUGCAUUCAUAACAUUCUGAGCGGUCAGCGCUGGAUCGAACACUAUGGGGAAAUGCCAAUCAAACACUCUACCACCAUGGGAGACGUCAGUCAUUGCAAAGUCACUUUCCUUAAGUCAAGAUCUGGAGGUCUGAAUGCUAAUGAGGUAGAGGGUAUGGUCACUGAUUCAAAUGGGCGUGUCAUUCACACUCUGUUUGGCAAAUGGAACGAGGCCUUGUAUCUGGGCAAACCGCCUUCUGCAACCUGCAUCUGGAGAGCAAAUCCCAUGCCUGAGGACCAUGAGCAGUAUUAUGGAUUCACCCAGUUUGCAAUUGAGUUAAAUGAAUUGGAAGAAGGUUUAAAGCCACUCUUGCCCCUGAUGGACACCCGUUUUAGGCCAGAUCAAAGAUUGCUUGAAGAGGGUGAUAUUGCUGGAGCAGAAGAAGAGAAAGAGAGAAUUGAAGUACUCCAAAGAGAGAGGAGGAGAGUCCUGCAAGAAAACAACAUGACACACUCGCCUAGAUUCUUCAAACGUGCAGAAGACGACUCUUGGGUGAGCAAUGGCACUUACUGGGACCUCAGGAAGGACCCUGGAUUCAGCAAACUUGAAUUCCCUGUGCUCUGGUGACCAUCAGUGGGCUUGUGUCAUUUGACUUUUCCAUUUCUGCUUUCUCCGUUAUUCAUAUGCAAUCCUGCUGAACACUGUGGGAUUUAAUGUAUCAUCCCAUGUCUAUGUUGAUGUUUUUGUAAUGGUAUUUAUCUUUGUUAAACAGACACAUUUACAGCACAAGAUAGAAAGUGCUUCUAGAAACACAUUUAGCCAAUGCCUUACUUGUCAAACUGAUUAGCUGAUAUUUAGAUGCAAAUGAACUGACCAAUGACUUUUGGUCUGGAUAUUAGUGUAUUUAUAUUCAUAUGCAAAGAAAAAAACCUUUUACUUAAUCAAGUAAAUUUAAAAAAAUCCUCAAAUUCAAUCAAUUCAGAUAAAUUACACAACAUUAAUAAUGAUUUAGAAUCUUAAAGAACACACACUUACAGGGAUAGUUUACUCAAAAAUGAAAAUUAUUCCAAGAUUUACCCUUAGGUUAUCCCAGGCUUGUCUGACAUUCCUCUUUCAGAUAAACAGAUUCA